AUGACGACCAAGAGGCGUGCUUCAGCCUCGCCUGCACCCACCGCCGCCCCGGCCGAGCGCGUGUACCCGGUCGCCGGCCCUGCGAGCGCGACCAAGCGGCUCAAGAAGAGCGACCCGGGGUACGAGGACCAGCUCCCGCCCGAGAAGCGCCUCAAGCAGUUCAAGAGAGCUUGCCCGCAGGCCACUCGUGAGCGUGCCGAUCGCGUGUUUGCCCAACGGUUUUUCUGCGUCGCGAGGGAGAAACAGGGCGAGACGAGCGAGCAGUUCAAGGUACUCGGUACAACCGGGAACGCUUACACCGUCCAGAUCGACAAGGUCCCGUCGUGCGACUGCCCCGACGGCGCCAAGGGCAACACGUGCAAGCACCGCCUGUUCGUCUUCCUCAAGGUCCUCCAGGUCCCGCAGUCGUCCAACUUGUGGUACCAGUCGGCGCUCCUCUCGUCAGAGCUCGCCGCCAUCUUUGCCAACGCGCGCACGGCACCGAGGACCGCGUUCGAGGAGGGCGUCGUGCGGCGGUACCAGGUCGCGACGGGCGCGCUCAAGCCCGAGGACCUCGAGGCCGAGUCGAGCUCGCUCGGCGUCAAGAAGCGCGUCCCGGACGAGGGCGACAGCUGCCCGAUUUGCUACGAGGACUACACGCCCGGGUCCGAGGAGGGCCUUGUCUUCUGCCUCGGCGAGUCGGGCUGCGGCAACGCCCUGCACCGCGAGUGCUUCAUGAACUGGGCCAAGACGUCAAACCCCACCACGUGCCCACUCUGCCGCCAGAAGUGGACCGACUCGUCGAGCGCGACCCAGGGCGGCAACGCGCACGCCGGCCCGAGCUACACGGCCGAGGGCUACGAGAACUACGCCGCCAUGACGGGCAUCUCGAACAAGCGCGACACGAGCAGCUACCACCAGGGCCCGCGUCGUGGCCGCGACGGCGGAUGGCGUUUCGGCUACGACGACGACUGGAACGGCGGCUACGGCUGGUACAUGUGAGGCUCGUGCGAGGGCCGUGAGAGGAGGGCCGCGGCCGUCGGUGGGUCAGGGAGAAGAAAGGAGGGCGAGACGAGACGUUUCUCGCUCGCUCGGUUCUCUCGGCGCGCUUUCUUUCGUACUUUUGUGCCUUGUCUAGCCUACGCAACU